GCGAGAGCUUUGUAUUCACUGACGUGUAUAAGAUAGUUUGCAUGUGUUCUCACAACAGUAGACACCAUAUUAUGCGAACAGUGAGACAGAGAUAAUAUCAAUAUGUGGUGCGUCGUUUUUCUCACCCUGUUUCUCUUCAAGCCUUACAGUACAGCUCGACUUUAUGAUUCAGAUGAUGCCGUUCCCAUGGAAGGAAAUUGGACCGAGUUGCAGAAGUUGAGGCCCAUCCAGGUCUAUUUUGUGGGAGAUACAUCGUUCAAGGGUUAUUCCCUUGAAGACAUUCGUCUCUACGGAGAUUCCCUGCUUCUUUACAAUAUUGGUAGCAAAGUCCCAGCUCCCAAGGCAAAAGCAGUCGGCGCUGCUGUGCUUUCAGAAGCUCAAGAGCAGAAGUACCUGCCCAUCAGAGAAGGGCUGCUCGCUGGCACGAGCUCACAGGAGGUCGUUCCGGGAACAGAUCUCACUGGUUAUCUGCAGGAAAAUGAGGCAGCACUUUAUGCGGAUCUUGUUGUUUUCAUGACCAGAUUUGAUGCCCACGAAUACGCAGGUUGGCGAACAGAAAAUCUCUACCCAAGGCUUUGCAGCAAGCAGAAGUUCGGCAUCGUGCAUACUGGCCUAUUCGACUACAACAAUUUUGCUGACGACUCUCUAUAUCUGAUCGUAACAGAGGCCCUCACAUUCGUUGAACCAUACGACGCUGACCUAGGCAAGGGUCGGAGUGACACUUCUGGCAAUCGUGACGGAGUAGUCAUUGAAUACGGCGAGGAGGCAUACAGGAGAAUAUUGAAAGGAAACGAGGAUUACAAAUGCUACUACUCGUCCGACACUUGGUCACCGCCCCCGGUCUUCGACAUUAUCAAAGAACGGUUCACCUUUUAUGAAUCUCGCCAGGCUUGCUUUCGUCACGGUGGACCCAAAGAACGUAAGUUGCAGAGGGAUUCGUGGGAGGAGACUACCGGACGAGUCUGUAUCCACUGCAAUGAUUGGAAAAAGGUAGAAGUGCCACCAGGAGUAUUCUGUGCUCUUUGGGAGCCGGACGAGCAAUGACCAAGGGCAUGGGCCUGGCUCGCUGUGCGGGUUCAAGAACAUCCGGCGUGAAGGAUCUAGAAGGAACGAGUGCCGUAGAGGGAUUGACAUGACAUAACAUAACAUAACCGCAACAUUAGCACACACUGGAUGUUACUUGUAAAACAGCAUGCAGCCACAACGUUUGUUUGUCUAUUAUACACUCAAAGCCCUCACUACGUGCAAUGUGACGUGGAAUAAAGGGAAGAGUUUCUAGUGGAAGCAAUAUUUCGAAAUGGUACACAUGGAAAAGCACUUUAGAGUAGUACUCACGAUAAAGCGGUCUCCACAGUUGUAGCGGAGAUGUAAUCCUGUCACACCCGUCCGGCCGCACUGAAGCCGCUGGGGCUCAUUGUACUGUCGCACUGUCGUAACUUGCAGACAAAUCCUUUAGAUUAUUCGAACAACGUCUAUGUCACGCAUCAUGCUAAGCGCAUAAGGAGCAAAAAUCUCAGUUCAGGCGUGCUAAGGCGAACGUAAAAAGUCGAAACACGUCAGGUGAUAACGAACGCUACUUGUCAGCCAGUUGGGUAAAAUUUGGGGAAACUGUCCGUGUUGUGAGUUUUUCUGCCGCAUUGAUGGUGGUCACGCAUGUGAAGCUCACACUUGUUAUUAUAAAAGUUGUAAUUGUGGUUAGAUCCUGGACAAAGUUAACUCCCACAUUCUAUCUUUAAUUGUGUCCACAGUUUAAUACGCGGUUACAUCAUGAGCUCAGAGGAAUCAGUGUAACAUACACGUAAGAUAUACGCGCGAAUCUGUGGCACUGUCCUGAAUAUCAGCUUGUAAAUUUUAAGUCAAUAAACUUGAAAGCUAUUGGCCUCAAUGCAUGGAAAAGGACCAAGCCAAAUCAAAGAAACGAACCUUGAGGUGCAGUUCUCAAAUAAAAUCAAAUGUGUAAAGUAAGCACCUGUUGAAGAUGAGAGAACUGAUGUUCUGAGGCUGGGACAACAUAGAAGGGACAAAUACAUACAAAGCCUCAAAUUACCGAUUAA